ACUAAAAAAAAGUUGAUUAGCUGAAGAAAAAUGUGUUUCAAAAUUUUAGAAUUUGUAAAAUGAAUUUUUUAUUGAAGUCCUUCUAUUCUAAGUACAAUUUUAUUUCUUGCAUAUUCGUCAUAGAAGUUUAGCAUCACCAUAAAUCAAGAAAAAAUUAUCCUCCACGAACGGUUAAAUUAAUCUGAUGUAAGAAUGAACAGCAAAUUCAUCCCAAUGUAUUCAAAACUUAGGUAUAUUUUAGCCCAUAGAAAAUAUUAUUUUCAAAAAAGCAAGUACGUUAGUGUCCUCUCAUCCCGGAAAUACUCUACCGAAAUCGAAACACCCAAAGUCACCGUUGAAUUUUCCAAUGGCAACAAGCUCACCUUAUCAGCUGGAAAAUAUGCCAGAUUUUCUGACGGUGCUGCUCUCGGCGCAGCUGGCGAUACAUCUGUACUUGUCACGGCUGUGAGCAAAGAAAAAUCAUCACCUCCUAAUUUCCUGCCUCUCGUUGUGGAUUACCGGCAAAAAGCAGCAGCCGCCGGCAGAAUACCAACCAAUUUCCUACGUCGUGAAACGGGCCCUAAUGAGCACGAGAUUCUAACUAGUCGAUUAAUCGAUAGAUCUCUCAGACCUUUAUUUCCUGCUGGUUUCACGAACGAAACGCAAAUUAUUUGUAAUUUAUUAGCCGUCGACGGUGUUCAUGAUCCUGAUGUAUUAAGCAUUAAUGCUGCUUCGGCUGCUCUAACGUUAUCAGAUAUACCGUGGAAUGGUCCAGUGGGCGCUGUUCGAGUUGGUAUGCUGGGUGACGAAUUAAUCGUGAAUCCUACUCGUAGAGAACUUUCUCGCAGUUCUUUGAAUUUAAUCGUCGUAGCUGCGAAUCAAAAUCUAGUAGUUAUGUUGGAAGGAGGAGCUAAUGACAUAUUACAACAAGAUUUCAAUAAAGCUAUCAAGUUCGGUGUUAAAGAAUGCCAAGCUGUUGUACAAGGUCUCAUACAGUUGAAAAAAUUUGCCAAACCGAAAAGAGAAUUUACACCUCCUAGUGUGCCUGAUGAGAAUAUCGUGAAUUUCAUUAAACUUUUAGCUGAAUCUAAGCUGAGAGAGAUUCUAUCUGAUCCAAGUCACGAUAAAAUAUCGAGAGAUAAAGCUGUAAGAGCUGUCAGAACAGAAGUAAUGGAGAAGAUCAAAGAAGGAGCGCCUACCACAUCGGAAUCAGAAUCAUAUUGUUCCAAUAUAUUCGAUAAAAUUUUCAAAAAUACAUUUCGUAGCCUAAUUUUUGAAAGUGAUAAGAGAUGCGAUGGAAGAGCACUGACUGAUCUUAGACCGAUUUCAUGCGAAGUAGACUUAUAUCAACCUCUGCACGGAUCAGCUCUAUUUCAACGUGGCCAGACCCAAGUGCUUUGUACUGUCGCUUUAGAUUCCCCUCAUUCGGCUGUUAAACUAGAUCCUGUCACAGUAUUAACCAGUGGACUGAAAGAAAAGAAUUUCUUCCUUCAUUACGAAUUCCCACCUUAUGCUACUAAUGAAAUUGGCCGAAGUGGUCCAGCUAUGAGAAGAGAAAUCGGUCAUGGUGCUUUGGCCGAACGUGCUUUACGUCCUCUAGUCCCUGCUAAUCCACCGUUCACCGUUCGACUGACUUCCGAAGUUCUAGAAUCUAAUGGAUCUUCAUCGAUGGCCACCGUAUGCGGAGGUAGUUUAGCUUUGAUGGAUGCAGGAGUUCCUUUAUCAGCGGCCGGUGCCGGUGUAGCUAUUGGUUUAAUUACACAGUAUGAAAACGACGACACCAAGCAUAUGAAAGAUUACAGAAUAUUGACUGAUAUUUUGGGCAUCGAAGAUUAUUUGGGAGAUAUGGAUUUCAAAUUAGCUGGCACGAAAAAAGGAAUCACAGCUAUACAAGCCGAUAUUAAAAUACCAGGGUUACCUUUGAAAGUUGUCAUGGAAGCUGUACUAGCAGGCUGUGAAGCUAAAUCGAAAAUUAUCGAUAUCAUGGAUCGAGCAUUACCUUCGCAUAGAGUAGAAAAGAAAUCAAAUUGGCCAGUCAACGAUAAGCUAGAUGUACCGGCACAUAAACGAGCCAAAUUCAUGGGACCGGGAGGUGUAAAUUUGAAAAAACUAAUGGUCGAUACCGGAGUAGAAGUUACAUACCACGAAGAUGGCACAUUCACCGUAUUCGCUCCUAAUCAAGACGCCAUGGAUGAAGCUAAGGAACAAAUUGAUAAAAAUCUCACCGAAUCUAAAGAACCUGUGCUAGAUUUCGGCGGAAUUUAUAAAGCCAAGAUCGUUGAAAUGAGAGAAAUCGGUGUUAUGGUUACGUUAUACGAUUCGAUGGUUCCUGCAUUGUUGCAUAAUUCGCAAUUAGAUCAAAGAAAGAUUAAUCACCCGAGUGUUCUGGGAAUUAAGGUAGGCGAUGAAAUUCAAGUAAAAUAUUUCGGUCGUGAUCCAGUUUCUGGUGUGAUGAGGUUGUCUCGUAAAGUACUUCAAGGACCGGCGUCCUCUGUAAUACGAAGUUUGAAUAAGAAUAGUUGAUAAUUUUGUUUUGUUAUUUUUUUGUCAAAAUUACAUUUUUUAUCGGGAAUUUUUUA